GGAAAUUCUGUGCCAUCGUGAACAUUCAGCGUAAACUGCUCGUUUGCACUGUUAACGCAACAAAACCGAGGGAUUACAAUACAGCACCUAAAUAGUCAAUGCCGCAGGGUGUUGCUGGAGCAGUUCGCAUCGCAAAAUGUCAAAGAAGAAAGGGCUGAGUUUGGAGGAGAAGAGGACACGCAUGAUGGAGAUUUUCUUCGAAUCAAAAGACGUGUUCCAGCUGAAAGACAUUGAGAAGAUUGCCCCCAAGACAAAAGGCAUAUCUCCCAUGACUGUGAAGGAAGUGCUGCAGAGCCUGGUGGACGACAACAUGGUGGACUGUGAGCGAGUCGGUACCUCCAACUAUUACUGGGCCUUCCCCAGCAAGGCCUUGCACGCCCGCAAGCGCAAGCUGGAGGAGCUGCAGCAGCAGAUCUCGGAGGCCAAACAGCGGAAAGAGUCUCUCCACAAAGCCGUCGAAAAAGCUAAAGUGGGACGUCAGGAUACAAAAGAACGAAGCGCUUUGCUGAAGGAGCUGCAGGAUCUGAGGGCCGAGCGAACGCAGCUGACGGACGAGCUGGAGAAGUACCGAGAGUGUGACCCCGAGGUCAUUCAAGAGAUGAGAAAGUCGAACGUUGUGGCCAAAGAAGCAGUUUCCAGGUGGACGGACAAUGUUUUUGCCAUCAAGUCCUGGACAAAGAAGAAGUUUGCCUUUGAUGACAGCCGCAUUAAUAAAGCCUUCGGUAUCCCUGAGGACUUUGACUACAUGGACUAGCUUUAUUUCUCACUUGGGUUCCAGCUUCGUUUUGGACGGAUUCAAGCGGAAUAAGCACGAUAUCUGAUUUUUGCUGGAGCAGUUGGUCUUCUCUCUUUUUCUUUUAUUUUUUUUUUUUUCCCCCUGCAGAUAUACUGCUUGGGUGCAACCAGAGAAGAGCCUGGGCUGAGCGCUGGUGGGGGCUCAGCCAUAAACACAACUUAGCAGCCUGACUUCUGGGACACCUGUUAGUUUGAAAACUGAGAGCUGGGAGCUGAUGAUAGAGGGGAAUCCACACUUACGGCAUCUGUGUUGCGAGUGACCGAAUUUAUAUAGUUAAAACAGAUGGUUCGGAAUUCAAUACUUGAGCAAGUUUCAUCUGCAUUUGUCCGUCUUUACUUUGUCAACAUCCUCUUGUCUUUAUUCCCAGAGCUGGAUUGAUGGCAGAAGCAAAGGAUGUGUUUUGUCUACACUGUCUACAAGGCCUUUAACUUCCCGUGGCAUCUCUUUUCUCUUGAAGAGGCCUUCUUGACUGUUGAAUUAUUCUGCAUUCUUAUUUAUUCAUAUGCAUGUAUUUACUCCAGCUUCCCCCCUCUCUCUUUUGUGUUUGCAUUUCUUUUGAAAUCGCUGCUGGAAUGCAGUGAAUUUUUACACAAAAGCUGCUUUUUCUGUUCUGUUUUGUUGUUGUUUUUUUGUCUCUCUGCAUGAACGAAAUGACAUUUCCAGAAUGACUUUAGCUUAGCUUUUUCCCACGCCUUGCUGUUUUCUGUCAGUCCGAUGCUAAACAGGUAGGUGUGCAUUCUUAGUUGGAACUACAUCCAUGCUGACCAAACCAAUUAACCCGGCUUUAUUAUUUUUUAUUUGAAAUGCAGAUUUGUUGAGCCCCAGGUUUAGGUUCUUCACUGGAAAUGAAUAAAAUGCCAGUUACUGCUA